AUGAACACAAACUUGCUGUGGCAAAUGACAGUAGCCAAUUUGGUGGUUGCAACAAAAGUAGCCACUCAGCAAAUACCAGCUGGUCAGCGAACCGCCAGCAUCAUGUCGUUCCUGAACAGGUUGCUUGCAUCUCAAGAAGCCCGAGUUAAGGGAGAUUGCGUCCAGAGGCUCAGACAGUCCGCUGUUUAUAAGGCUGAUAAAGGAGUCCGCUGCCCUUUCUGCCGUCAGAUUGUUGAAAGCUAUUCCAACACGUUACCUCCAGUUAAAUCCAUCAAGCCACAAGAUGAUUACUUGCGAGAAGAAAGGCAAUCCUUCCAGUUACUCAUUGGAGCUGGGAACGCCAAAGGGUUUUCCAAAGAAAUCGUUCGGUAUGGACGGAGCGGAGUUGUCUCAAUUGGGGGGUUGAAUGAGUAUGUUCCUCCUCCCAGCGUCACUGGUGCUGAUGGGAGUGGAUUGCGGUUGAACACGCGACCGGAUGACCUGAAAGAAGGUUACAUUGUCCCCCCUCUGAAGCCUUACGAUGACUUCGUCGCCAUGGCUUAUGAUCGCACAGGGUCAAGGCACCUGGCCUACCACUUGCGUCCAGGAAACCCUAGAAGGUCUAGGGUGGGAAAACAAGCUCUUGAAAGUCUCGCUCCUCAUGCAGCAAAGCUCUCAACACAUUUGUCAGGAAAUUAUGUCCUGCAAAAGCUUUUUGAUUAUGCAAGUAAUGCGAGGAAUGAGGUGGUUCAUGGGGAGUGUGGCUUCACUUCCAUUGUGCGCUUUUUGACCCGUGAAAACGGGCUGGUGACUUCUUCAAAGGAUCAGCGGGGUACCUUUACAAUUCAGAAAAUGCUUGUGUGCCUCUAUGGACCUCAAGAAAUGAAGAUGGUUAUGGAAAGUAUUAAAGGAAGCAUUCUUUCAAUGGUGAUGGACCAGUAUGCAGUUUAUGUGAUUGAAAGAAUUGUUGAGAUAUGCAUUUGCUCCUUGCGCCCGCCUAUGGGAAUGAAAGCACGUAUUCCACCGUCCUUAGCAUUCACUUCUUUAGCACAUAUCUGCGCGGAGCUUGGUAAAGAUCAAGAAACGUCAGUUUAUGUUGGACAGCAUGGGCUGGCGUCGCUGCUUCUGAUUGAGAGUAUUCGCUGGUCACUGCCUUCAAGGCAUGCAAUCGCUGCUGCUCUGAAUAUGGCGAGUGGUGGAAAUAAGCUCUUGAAGACCCGCGCUGGAGUUCGCUCCAUGCAAGGUCUUUUAAGCUUGGAUCUGGUGGAGGUAGCCGAGACUAUGCUGGGGUCGAUAUCUGGCUGUUUUUCAGACAUGGCUUGUGAUACCUCCCCGCUGCAGAGUGGGCGGCUGCUUCGAGCAUGUCUUGCAACACCAUCUUUAUCAUCAGCGUCACGGGCAAAAAUUGCUGAUGAACUUCUCCAGGCUGCGGCACACGUUUCAUAUUUUGCAAAGUCUGAGCAAGCCCUGGAAAUUUUGUGUUUUGGCCUGAGCAUCCUUCCAGACGACAUGUUGAAUGUGAGGGUUGACCGAGUGUCAUCCCUGCUGAGUUCACAAGCAUUUCAUCACCUUUUGACGACCCUUGAGUACAUGAGAAAGACCUACUACACAGAGUCAACUAAACCUCUUGUUCAUUCUGAGAGGGCUAAUCAGGCCCCGGGGGUCACUUCGGGCAUUGCCGUUUCUCUCGAAUCAGAAGCUUUCCCCAAUCUCUCCAAGCCGAAGCCUGAGAAUCCUUCGAACUUUCAAAUGUGCAGUCAGAUUCAAGUGCAAGUGAAGCAGGUGAUGAUAGUUAUGGCUGCUGUAUGGUCUGCAAGUCUCAGCCUGCCACUGUGCUUCUUCUGGAGUGCUCUCAUGUGUGUUCAUGUGCCAAGUGCUCUCCAUCCUUGGCCCUUUGCCCCGUUUGCAAGAAUCCACGUUGAUCCGACAAUGUACUACCCUUAUAGACAAGAUGCCUCUGUCAAGGAGCAGUCGAUGCUUAACACAUCAACACCAGCCGUGCUUGAUUCGGGGAACUCCAGUCGCCAGUUCGCAUCAUCGUUUGCAGCGCCACAGACACAAGCAGCAAAUCCAGGAGCGUUCCAUCACGGAGGUAACUUGCAAUCGUUGCACAAUGUGCAAGCGACGGGGUACAGCAUACAGAGUAUGCAGAACGCACUUACGAGAGGCACGGGAAUGGGCGGAGUGCCGUCCGCGCAGGCGCAACCUCCAUCCGCAGGCAACAUGGCAGCAGGCCGGUUCGGCACCAGCGCACUCCCGACCAACCUUCAGCAGGAGCAAUUGGGCGGGAGGGGCGAGCAGCGAGAGGGCGACGGUGCUGCGUUUGACAUGAGCGAGUUUCCCACGCUCAACACAAGGCCGCCUGGGAGUGGGGCCAUGGCGUCAGGUGCAGGGUCAGCAGCAGCGGCAGUGCUAAGGAAAGGGGCUCCACUAAACGCGCUGCUACACCAAGGAGGGCCGGAGUUCAGCAUACAAAACGAGGACUUUCCUGCACUGCCUGGCCUCAAAGCGGGAGCGGACAACGGAGGGGACAAAGACAGUUCUGCACAGCAACAGCAACAGCAGCAGGGCGCAGGAGGGUCGAUCAGAAGCCACUUGGACAUGCUUCAGCAGCAGCAGCAGCAGCAGCAGCAGCACCUCAGCUUGCACGACAACCCCCACCUUCACCAGUACCACCAGCACCACCACCAGCAGGGGCAGCAGCAGCAGCAGCAGCAGCGCAUGCUCUCGUCCCCUCCGCCCUUGAAUGCACCAGGUGCUCCCAGCAGCUCCAUGCUUAUCCUGCAACGCUCUGCUAGCCCUAGCCCUUCUCUACAGCAGCAGCAGCAGAAACAGCAAGAGCAGCAGCAGCAACAGCAACAAGAGCAGCAACAGCAACAGCAACAGCAGCAGGAGCAGCAGCAGCAGGAGCAGGCACGGGGGGCAGAGGGAUCUAGUUUGCGGCACGCAGACGGGUCUGGAAACGUUCUGUUAGGGCAGGGAGGGGGGAAGGCUGGAGAGCAGCAAGGCUCAGCACCUGGUUCUCGAUCCAAUACACCAGGUCCCACAGGGCCCCCGCAGCAGGGUCAAGCAGGAAGCGGGCAAGUGGGAGCAGGGAAAGAGCAGGGAGUAGACGGGCCGGAUAAAUACGGGCUGCUGGGGCUGCUCAGUGUGAUUCGGAUGAGCGAUCCAGAUUUGACAACUCUGGCGCUGGGGACCGAUCUGACGACUCUCGGGCUGAAUCUGAACUCGCGGGAGAAUCUGUACCGCACGUUUGCAUCGCCGUGGGCGGAUGGGCCGACGAGAGCUGAGCCGGAGUUCAGCCUGCCGGCUUGCUACAUUCAACCCACACCUCGUCUGCAGCCGGGUUACUUCUCCAAGUUCCAGCAGGACACGCUCUUCUAUAUAUUCUACAGCAUGCCGCAUGACGAGGCGCAGCUGUUCGCUGCUGAUGAACUGUGCAACCGCGGGUGGUUCUACCACAAGGAGCACCAGGUGUGGUUCACACGCGUGCCCAACAGCGAGCCCGUGGUCAAGACCCCCACGUACGAGCGCGGCUCCUACUACUUCUUUGAUCCCACUGUGUGGGAGACAGGCCGCAAGGACAAUUUUGUGCUACAGUACGAGAUGCUAGAGGCCCGUCCCCAGCUGCCCAUUCCCCCCCAGCGGUAG